UGAUGCCAGUCGUUAAAUCGCGAGCCAUUUGAAUUAACGCGUUUUGCGGACUUUCCGCACACUUUUUUCCUUUAUUCUUUCUCACUCUUUUUAUCUCCUCUCUCACUUUCUCAUAACACUCUAUUUUUAUACUUUUUUUAAAAAAAAAAAAAUCAUUAUAUUAUCACUGUUUCCAUAAAUCUUUUUCUUUUUUUUUUCUUUCAUGUUUUCAAAUAUUAUUUUAGUCAGUGCAUACAAAACAUUCAUGAAUGAAAUAUAUAUUACAAGUACCAAUUGCACAUUGUGAGAUGAGAUGAUGAGGUACAUUGUUCGAUCCACGCGUGUCACAAUACCUGAUAAAAGUUUCUUCUGACACGUGUAUUUUGUUAUCGUAUAUUUAUGAAAUUGAAAAACUAAAAAUAGAAAAUUCAUUUUCUUAUUAAUUAUACCGAUUAAUCUUACGUAACGGAAAUAUUAUAUACCUUUGGGAAAUAAAGAAGAAAAUUCAAUUAAAACCGAAAAAUCAUUGAAGGAUUUUUGAAAAAUUAAAUGUUUACAAAAUCAUAUUUUUAGAGAAAGAAAAAAUUUAAUUUUUCAAUUUUAAAUACGUAUAUAGAGAAAAAAAAAUAAAUAAAAGAGGGGUAGUAUAUGAACGUCCCCCUUUUUCCGGCACCGCCAACGCGGGACGUCUCGACGCUGACGCGCAGAGACGUUUUGGACGUCCUGACGUCCAGAGAAACUCUGCCGCGUGAAUUUGUAUCGCGCAGACGUCAUGCUCUCAUCGAAAGAACAAAACCGGUAUCCACGAAUUUUACACGAAAAAAACGUUGUUACUUUCGAAAAAAUCUUGUACAUCCCCGGCAAGUGUCGAAGGAAAGUGGAAAAAAAAAUUUACGACGACGUGUAACGGAAUUUCAUCUUACAAUGACGGAACGAAGAAGUAAAGAAGACGAUGAAGAUGAUGCUGAUGUCAUAUGUGCCACAGUAACUAUUAGCAUUAUCGAUAAAGAUCAUGUUACAUUGGAGCUUGAUCGUCAACCAAACAUAUUAGAAGUCACACCUACAACAAUUUCCGAAGAAAUUUCCUCACGAUUAGAUUGUGAAGCUAAUCAUUUUCAAUCAUCUGCGACAAAAUCAACAGGAGUUCAAACAAUUCAUGGAUUACCUUACAUGCUACGAGUCCUGCCAAAAGUGAAAGAUAUUGUCGAUGAAGAAAAUUCGGCGGAUCCAAAAAAAUCCUCGAUACUAUGUAGGCAUCUCAGAUUUUUGGGGAGACUCUCUCUAUCGCAAUUUGGUUUAGCUUGGCUUUUGACAUUUUGGGUAGUCGCUGGAGCAGCGGCAUUUUACACCACAGAGGGACCACGUGAACGAGAGCAAGUUUUAAAAUUGAAAAAUAUUCAACGUGACCUGGCAGUUGGUUUAGCGACUGAAUUAAGACAAUUGAAAGCAAAGGAAGAAGAAAUGGAGCCACUUUGGAGUAACAAAGUUAAACAAUAUGUGAAUAAACAUGAAAAAGUUUUAUUGCUCGCUGUUAAUGCCGGCUAUGGUGAGGGUGGUCAAAGUGGACAACUUUGGAAUUUUUCCGGUUGUGUGCUAUUUGCAAUUGCACUUAUUACAACGCUCGGUUUUGGAGCACCAGUUCCACGUACAACUGCAGGUCGUACGGUGGCAGUGAUUUUUGCCGCUAUUGGUAUUCCAGCUCACUUCCUAUUAGUAUUAAAUCUUGGCCUUUUAUUGGCAAUACGACUUCAAAGAUAUGCAAUAAGACGAAAAAAUAAAGAAAAAGAUGUAGAAAUAAUGGACACAUUAUCAAUUCCAAGAUGGGUAAAAGCAGUACCAUUUUGUUGUAUAGCUCUGUAUUAUUUAAUGGGGAUAAUAUGCUUUGGAGCGGCAAGAAUGAGACCGGUUGCCGCCAGUCUUCUAUUUCCUUUGGAUUUCACAGCGGCCGGUGGAUUAGCAACAACUUCCGGUCAUGUUAGAAUAUUAUAUGCUCUCUAUCUUGAAGGUGCCGUGACGAUAGCAGCUGUAGCAGUGGCUAUUCUAAAAGUUUCAGCUACACAAAGUUUAACCAAUAUUGGACUGAAAUAUGGCCUGUUAACUCAUGCAUAGAAAAGUGUUUUUAGAAUAUAAAAAUUUUCCACAUAAAUGUAUAUUAAAAUA